AUGGCGUGGGCUGCCUCGAGCAAGGCCGUCACUUGUGGGUCACACGGGCCCGGCGAAGAUAAGCAGAAGCUGUUUGUGGUCCCGAGGCUGACCUGGAGACUCGGCAAAAACCUCGGCAUUGGGCCUUGGAACUUAUUAUUCUGCAGGCCCACAUUCUUGAGCUUCGGGAGUCUCGUGAGUGAAUCCGGGACAAUGCCGGCCGAGAGAUCCGGGAUUGGGCCGGAAAAUCGAUUCGACUGGAGCCAGACGGUUUGCAGUUGGGCCAUUGACCCGAGGACGAUUAGCGGGCCCGAAAAUCCUGACAUCUGGUUGUUGAGCAUUAAUGUCUGCAUUCCGGAUUUUCCGAACGAGGCUGGGAGAUGGCCCGUCAUGUUGUUGUAUGAAAGCCGGAGGGUUUGGAAAUUCGGGAGGGAGUCGAAUAUGUCCGGGAUUUGGCCGACGACAUUUGCCUUGCUGGCAAUGAAGGUGGUGAGGGAAGACGAGUCUUUGAGCGUGUCGGGAAUUGUCCAGGCUGGCAGGUUGGUGUUGUUCUGUAUGCUGAAGGUUUGGAGGCUCGUGAGGCCCGAGAGGAAGCCCGUGGGAAAAGAUUCGAAGUUGUUUUCGUCGAGAUAUGCUUCUUGGAGGGAGGGUAGGUCGGAGAGGGGUGGGAGUGGGCCCGAUAAUUUGUUGCGCUGGAGGCUGAGGGUUUUGAGGGCGGAGAGUUGGGUGAGAUGGGAGGGUAUUGUGCCGGUUAGGGAUUUGGAUGCGAGGUUGAUGGAGGUGACGCGGGCCGAGGAGUCGCAGCUGAUGCCCUGCCAUUUGCAGAAAUUCGGGCCCGUCCAGCCAGGUGGGCUUGGGCUGAUGGACUUGGCUAAUUGGGCCAUGACAGACGCAUCGUCGGCGGCAAUUAGGUGGACGGAAGUUGAGAAUAAUGUGAAGAGGAGGAUGAGGAGGAGAAGAGAGAGAAACUUGUCUCUCUCUUUAUGCAUUGUG